GCAACACUGAUGGUGGUUGGCUUCGGCGCUGCGAGGUUUUAAUCAAAUAUAAUCAAAUAUUAGUGAAUUAUAGUUGAAAAACAUUGUUGUACAUGCGUUGACGAAGUUGGAGUGCGUGUAUGUGAUAGUGUUACGAAAGCAAAUCAAGUAGAAACAGUGCGAAACGAGAAAAAAUUGCUAUACAAAAUUCUAAAAUAUCACAAAAAAAAAGUUGACUGUGUGCGGUGCAACAAUAAAAAGCAAAAAUAAUAUAAAAUGAGUGAACGUGAACAGCAAACAGUAAUAGCGACGACAAAGGAUAAUACGCCAGGCAGGCUGAAAAUCGAACAGGAAUAUAAAAGCAGAAAAAAUGGAUCGGGUUGGCUUGGGUUCUACAAGGAAAUUUGCGAAAAGUCCGAUCGCGAGGCUAAAGAGAAACAGUUUACGACACUGGAAUCGGAACGCCUAGAAAAUCGUGGACUGAAUCGCUAUAGAGAUGUUAAUCCCUAUGAUCAUUCACGUAUUGUGCUAAGGCGUGGCAACGUUAACUAUGUCAAUGCCAAUCUAGUUGAGCUGGAGCGCGCAGAACGUCAGUACAUACUGACGCAGGGACCACUGGAGGAAACAGUUGGACACUUUUGGUUAAUGGUCUGGGAGCAGGACUCUAGAGCUAUAUUGAUGCUCAAUAAGCUGGUGGAAAAGAAACAAAUCAAAUGCCACUUAUACUGGCCCGAUAAGCUGGGUGCCGAACAUGCGCUCAAGCUAAAUACUGUUAAACUAUGCGUGGAACUUAUCAAAUGCGAGACGUAUCAGAACUAUGUGCGAAGGUGGUUCAAAUUAACUGAUCUCGAAACGCAGACAAGCCGCGAGGUGAUGCAAUUCCAUUAUACUACCUGGCCGGACUUUGGCAUACCCAGCUCGCCGGAUGCAUUUCUCAAGUUCUUGCAGCAGGUGCGCGACUCGGGCGCUCUAAGCGUCGACGUUGGCCCAGCCAUAGUGCAUUGUAGUGCGGGCAUUGGACGAUCGGGCACAUUUUGCCUGGUGGACUGCUGUCUGGUGUUGGUGGACAAGUUUGGCGAAUGCAAUGUAUCCCAAGUUCUCUGCGAGCUGCGCAGCUAUCGCUUGGGUCUCAUACAGACUGCAGAUCAGCUGGACUUUUCAUAUCAGGCCAUCAUCGAGGGCAUCAAGAAGCUGAACGAUCCCAGCUUUCUUAGCGCCGAGGAGCCCAUCUUGGGCAACGAUGCGUAUGCACAGACACAGGAUGAGCAGCCGCCACCAUUGCCGCCACGCUCGGAUUCAUUGAAUCUGCCAUUGGCGCCCAGCGCCGGUGGUGUGCUCUCAUUGGACGUGCGUGCCGCGCAUGCCAAUGGCGAGAGCAUAGAGCUGAGCAGCAAGGAUGCCCUGAAUAACAUAAUCAUUAAGCCGCAUGAAAUUAUAAAUGCCGAAGUGGCAGACAGUUUGCUCAACAAUCGUCCGCUGCCGCCGCUGCCUUCGUUAGCGCAGCAUAGCGAACAGGAUUCGGAUAGCGACAUAGAGGAAGACUAUGAGGAGGAUGAUGUGGACGAUGAUGAUGACGAUGAUGAUGAUGAUGAGGACGAAUAUGAGCACAUUGAUCAGCUGGAGCACAGCAAUGGAGAAGUGCUGCCCAGUGCGGAUGAUGUGAAUGCUAACAAUGAAAAGUCUACUACGGUGGAGCAUAACAAAGCCAAUGGCAUUGAGGCGACAGCGAGUACCGACUCGGAGUUGAAGCGACGAAAACGCAACGAAUAUCAGUCGAGUUUGGAGCAGAAGGUUAACGAGAUCAAGCGCAAGCAGCGCGAGAACGAGGACAAUCAACAGUCGGCGAAAAAACGAAGGUCAUUACUCACAUAUAUUGCGGCAGGUGUUGUGGUGGGCGUCAUUGCAGCCUAUGCCUAUACGAAGCUAGCUUAAGCUCCCCCCAACCCCCAACCCCUUUGCCACUCCCACUCCCAAGCCCACAAUUUCCCUUUCCAGCUUAUCCUUACUCCACACCCUCUAAUCCCCGCUCCUUAAACCGUUUUUCUAGCCAGGAAAUAGAACGUAGUUGUAGCAAUUAGCAGCAUGUAGCGUGACAAUGAUACCCAAAUCUAUACUUGGGCAUUUAUAUAUAUUUAUAUAUGUAUGUGUGUAUGUAGCUAUUUUUUAACGAGCUAACAUUAAAUGUAAGCGCAACACAAAUACACGCACACACAGACACACACACAGACAGACAUUACGCAUACGCAAGAACAAAAAACAAAAUAAAAAUAAAUACAAAAUGCGAAAGUAAAACAAAUUGUCGCAAGUUGAUGACAAUGCAUUUUAGGGAAUUUUUUAUGAAGUAUACUAUAUAAAAAAAAAUGAGACACAACAACAAAUUUAAAAAUUUGCGCCAUAGACUGACAUUUUAGAACAAAUUGUUUUUUGGAUACACUGAGCGAAAAAUAUAUAUGGAACAGAACAAAGUACACCUUAAAACAAAAACAAGUAAAGCUUAAAGAUUAGAUAUUGAUAUAUAAUAUCUUUGCACUCGCUAAACUAUGUACAAUUUAUAAUAUUUUGGUAUAUGCAAUUAAAUAUAUAAACCAUAGCCACACCACUUCCAAACAACAAUCGCCCACAAGACUUGCUUCACUUGUUAUUAAACACCAGCAAACAUUUCGCACAGUCAAUGUGCCAAAAAAAAAAAAAAA